GGCGCGCAGCCCCGCGGAAUGGAGCGGCGCCGGGGCUGAGCCGGGCGCGCACGGGCUGCCGCAUGUGCCGCGCGGGGAGCGGCUGCAGAGCAGCGCCGGAGAGCGAACACGAGAGGCCCCGUCGGAGCGGCAGCCGGAGCAGCGCCGGAGAUGGGAGAACAGCCCAUCUUCACCACCCGAGCCCACGUUUUCCAGAUCGACCCCAGCACCAAGAAGAACUGGGUGCCUGCGAGCAAGCAGGCCGUCACAGUCUCCUACUUCUACGAUGUCACAAGGAACAGCUAUCGGAUCAUCAGUGUGGAUGGAGCCAAGGUGAUCAUAAACAGCACAAUCACACCCAAUAUGACUUUCACCAAAACAUCGCAGAAAUUUGGGCAGUGGGCCGACAGCAGAGCCAACACGGUGUUUGGUUUGGGGUUUUCCUCGGAGCAGCAGCUGACAAAGUUUGCAGAGAAAUUCCAGGAGGUGAAAGAAGCUGCCAGACUAGCCAGAGACAAAUCCCAGGAGAAAAUCGAGACCUCGAGCAAUCAUUCCCAAGCAUCCAGCAUCAACGGAACGGACGAUGAAAAGGCGUCUUGUGCGGGCCCUGCCAACACACACCUCAAGUCUGAGAACGACAAGCUGAAGAUCGCGCUGACACAGAGCGCCGCCAACGUGAAGAAAUGGGAGAUCGAACUGCAGACCCUGCGGGAGAGCAACGCCCGGCUGACCACGGCACUGCAGGACUCGGCGGCCAGCGUGGAGCAGUGGAAGAGGCAGUUCUCCCUCUGCCGCGACGAGAAUGACCGGCUCCGGAACAAGAUUGACGAGCUGGAAGAGCAGUGCAGCGAAAUAAACAGAGAGAAGGAGAAGAAUACCCAGUUGAAGAGAAGAAUUGAGGAGCUGGAGUUGGAACUCCGAGAAAAGGAGACGGAGUUGAUAGACCUCCGAAAACAAAGUGAAAUCAUACCUCAGCUCAUGUCAGAGUGUGAAUACGUCUCUGAGAAGUUAGAGGCGGCAGAGAGAGACAAUCAGAACCUGGAAGACAAAGUGCGCUCCCUGAAGACGGACAUCGAGGAGAGCAAGUACCGCCAGCGCCACCUGAAGGUGGAGCUGAAGAGCUUCUUGGAGGUGCUGGACGGGAAGAUCGAUGACCUGCACGACUUCCGCCGGGGCCUCUCCAAGCUGGGCGCCGACAACUAGGGCUGCGCGUGAGUCCCCAGGGUGUGUGUGACACGGAGUAGCACUAGAACGUCCUCCUGUUUGCGUGGCUUCUGUAAAUGCAGGCGCGGUUUGUCAUGUUUCCAAACCAGGGGUGCCGUCCACUCUCUCCUCUCCAGAAUAGAAAUCUCCCCUUGCUUCUCUGGCCUUGCGAGGUCAUGGACAACUGGACGAUUCUGACUCAGGAAUCCAGAACUAGGUCUACCUUAAACGUUUACGCAGUCAGGGCAGGGAUGUUUAUAUCUUUCUUAAGGACUGUUGCAACCAUAUGAACUGGAAAAAAAAGUAUUUUCUAAUUCAAGUAUGAAUACCCUUUCCAACUCCUUUUUUUUGAGUAGCGUUCAGAGUAUUCGAAUGUCCACCAGGCACCAGUGCGUGGGGCGUGGUGAUAGCAGCUUUCCUCUCAGUAUAUACAGAGAUGCUUUAAAGCAACCACUUAGUAGAGACUUGUCCCAAGAGAGAAAACACGCUUCUGGUGGAGGCAUUUUCUGGCAGGGGAAUCGCCUGCAUCCACUCCGCCCACUUCCACCUGCCCCCAGUUUGUAGGGUUGCGACAGUGUUCCUUUUCUUGGUUUUAAUUUUUGAGCAGGUUACUGUGCUGUGGGGACAGCACGCAGCGAGGGUGCCUAGCACAGUGCCUGGCACAAAGUAGGUGCUUAAUAAAUAUUUGUUCAAUUAAACGUAUAAACAGAACUUAGUGUUUUCAUCACAUCCCUCAUCAAGCCCCUGUUGGACAGUCCACCGUCCUGGUGCACUGGGUUGUUAUCAGGCAUGUAUGUGACUUUGUGGACAGACUCGUGGGUUGGCUCAGGUGGCCCUGGGGCUGGGAGGGUGGCGGUGGAAGCAGCAGGAGCUGGUCUGAGGCCCCCCCCUCCCAGCAGCCCGUCCAUGGUGCUCUGCCCCUGGGGGCCUCUGACACUGAGACCACCCUUCCUUUCCAGGAGUGAGGCCUGUGGCCUGGGGAUUCUAGGACCACUGACUGUCCCUGGUAUAGGGGCUGCCCAGGGCUUGGGAUCUAGGAUGGGAUCCUCUGUUGGGUUUAGACAAUUGAAAAAGAAAUCACACAGGCCCAUGAGGGAAAGGGUGGGCUCAAAGUGGCUGAGCCUUGGCCUUAGAGGAGUUCUGCCCAGGUCUGCCUCCGCCUGUUCCUGCUAAGGAAGGGACCAGAGCCAUGGACCUCUCCUCUCUAACUGAGUUUCUCAGUGGGGCCAGUGGACAUUUCAUUUGCCCCAUGCAUGGCAAGAUGGUCUGAAUCCCUGGCCGUCGGCAUUUCUAAAUCCCUUUGAAGGAGGGGGAAGCUUUGCUGCCCCCUUACCUGCUUUGAGAACCACUAAGAGAACUUCCCCCUCUAGAAGGAUUUUCUCACACGGUAGAAUUGCUCCCUGCUGAAUUGUUUAGAUAAACAAUAAAGUAGCCUGAGGAAGUGGGUAGGGUACACACGGAUGUGACCCGGGCCCCAGGGUGACUUUGCAAGUCCUGCUGCUCUCUUUCGUGUAGCUGAGACCAUCUCCCUGAGCAGGGAGGUCUUAUUUGGGAUGGGGAAAGCACCAGGACGUGUAGGGGAGACCCGCAGGCUGAGUGGGGCAGCUCUGGUGGAGUUCACUGGGCUGGUGGCAGAUGGAAAUGGAAAGGUGGUCAGCCCUCCUGCUAAUUUGUGAGUGGGCGCUGCCGGCCCUGCCCUUUCCCUGGAGCUCCAGAUGGCUCUCAGGACAGUGGUAGCAGCUCUCUACUGACCUGGAGAUCAGAGAGCUGCGCUGGCCAUGAGUUGGCCUUGUGGCCCAGCAGUGGGCUAAAGAGGAUUCUUCUCAGGCUAGGCCAGUCCCCCUGCCCAGGAACAGCAGACACUGGGAUUCUGAAACCUCAGCUUGGGUCUUCUGAGGCCCGCCACCCCUGUCUAUGAGGCAGCUUAUUCAUCCAGGAGCCGUCUUGACUGACUGGAGCAUGCUCAGGUGACGUAUUCAUCGGAGGAUAGAGUUGCCAAAACCACUUGCACAUUCCGGGCAGUGACUGAAGAAACCGGUGGCAGCAGUAGAGCCAUUACCACGGUGGACUGCUGUGUCCCUGUGCAGUUGAGACCCAUGACCCCCGCUCACCGACCGUGGAAGGGUUUGGUGAGCCCUUGUAGGCAGUAGGUGAGGAGCUGAGAGCCCCACACUAUGUGGCCCCAGCCAGCUUUACACCAUGCAGCCCAGGAGCUAAGAGCAGUGGGGGCUCCUCUAAAGGAGAAGCAAAGUUGGGCUCAGCAGGGAAAGCACACCUUUACAAAAGCCCUGGACUUUCAGUUCCUUCUGCUUUUCUCUAAAGGUCUUAAUGUUUCUUCAUUUACUUUCUUUAAAAAAAAAAAAAAGGCCUGGGACAACCUAGACAGUCUGUUGAGAGGCUAGCCCUGUCUAACAGCCUCGGGAUAUAAGGAGAAUGACCCGCUGAAUUCAUCCCAGUUUCCCUUGAGCCAGGCCCUCAUGUGUUAGGACGUCCAGCUCCAGUCUCAGCACUGAUGCCCUUUGGUUGUCGUGAUCUGAAGCCAAGUGCAGGCAGGGCAUAACCCUUCCCUCACAAACACCCCAGCCCCGUCGUGCUGCUGGAGGAUUCAGAGCUAGGACUGCGUCUUUGUUUCCAAGUGAUGUCUCCUGAUUUGACAUCUCCAAGACUGGCUGCCUGAACCUCAAUUAGCUUUUUUUUUUUCCUCUGCAUCUGUGAAACCUGAGGCCUAAAAAAAAGCAACGUAAAAUUUGGAAUCCUUUAACCAUAAUGAUCCUUAAAAAUAAUUUUCAUUCCAAGCAAAGACCCCCUGGAUGCGUGAUACAGUUGAGAGCGGCAAGGGGAGAUAAAGUCUUCCUAGUGCCUCGGGAAUAGAAAACCACCUGAGUGACAGGCUGGGACAGUGUGGUCAGGCCUUGAAAGAGAGCCAGCGUCCACAUGAGACCCAGAACUUGUACACUCCCUCCCUUCCACGCUCCCCUGCAUGCCGUCACUUUAGACCUCAGCUGGGUGAGAGAACGGGGCAGAGAUCAUUCCCCAUUUUGCAGAGGAAGCAGAGACAGGUGACUCACCCUGAGUCACCCAGCUAGUGAGCAGCAGCGUGGGCUGCAUCUGGGCCUCCUGAACCCUGGUCCAGUGUCUUUGUACGAGUCAUUCUGUCUUCUCCCUUUAGUGACCUUUGGGUGCCAAGAAAAAAAACUCUCUUGUGUCCUGAUAAGAGCACGUUGCAGUUAUACUGUUUUAACAUAUGUCCACAGCAAAGAACAACUUAUAAAUGAGUGAAUCAGAAUUACAUUUACAUUCAUUACAGCAGUAAGUUCCACUUUGGAAUGAUUCUGCUUUUGUAGGGAUCUUUCCAAGAGAUUGUUGGUUAAAAUGAUGUUGGUGCUUUGAGAGGCCAGAGCAAUGAGACACAUUUUGAGUUCUUCAGUGAUGGCUUUCUUGGAGGCAAAGCAGUUUGUUCAAAACAAGCAGGAGGCCCCCAGAUGGCAGAGCAGUAAACAGAGUGAUGGCGGGGCAGGUGGGGUGUGGGGGGAUUGCCCAUCACUGCCCAGCCCCUUCCCAGACAGGAGCCGGCACUGGGAAGGGAGCAGACCAGCCAGUGGUUAGAGCAGGUUGAGUGGCACCUGACCGGCCCCCGGGAGGACUGUCCACAGCGGGCAGUUGGUCUCCAUCCUGCAGUCUCCUCAUGGACAUCUCUAGACUUGGGCGGCCCACGGGCACAGCCUGGACGGUGGUUGGCUAACGCCUGGCCAGUAUGUACUACAUUUGACAUAAAACAUCAAAUAAAGGGUGGGAUAUAGUGCUACUCAGAGGCGUCACGAUCGGCCUGUUGUAAAAGGACUCCUUUUCUAUAGGCAAGACUGCUUUUCUAUAGGAAUCGGGGGCAACUUUGGGUGAGAGCCAAAGCCAACCACAGGGUGUGCCAGGGACGUCAGGUGUGGCCAGGUGCGCCCUUAGAAGGCAGGCAGCCAGGAUGGGACUUAGCAGAGGCGCUUGACAGAGGCUGCCCUUUAAGACAGAGCCAGCCGCUGCAUUCUGCUCAUCGCUGAAAGUGGCUGUUUGUGCCAUGUGUCCAUCUAAUAGCUAUGGUUCUUUUAUUCACUCGAAGGAUCACUGGAUUUUGAAGCACUGGCGAUUUAAACUAGAAACCUGCAAAUCAACAUCCAUAUAUAUUCUUAAAUGACAUGCAUGGUUUAAAAGAAUUCCAAUUUCUGCAUACAUAGUUUCCCCCAAAUAAAUGUAUAUUCUUGGGAUGGUGGGGGUGACGGCAUGGAGAGGGAAUCCUGUAUAGAAAUGUGUGUUGUUUUACGUGUCUUUUUCAUACACCUAUCUCAAGAAUGUGGGUUUUUCCAGUUCCUCUUUAAACACCAGCCAGGAAGAAGGUGAUUAUGGUAAGAAUUUGGCAGCCAGAUGAUAUGGUCUAGUGAACUUUGGAGUGUGUGUGUGUGCGAGUGUGUGCGAGUGUGUGUGUGUGUGUGUGUAUAUAUUGGGGGAGGAAGCAGCAGGGGGAAGCAGGAGAAACGACAAUGAAGGGUUUUCAAUUAAAAAACAUAUGUAUAGCUAAGAGGAGUCUUUAAUAAUCCUGGCGGUGAUGUUAUAUGUUCUGGAAUCCAUCUUUGAGAAGAGCUUGUGGGUCUUUUGUUUUGAGCGGAAUUGUACAGUGCCCUACUCUCUUUGACGA